AUGAAAGCCUACGAUUGUUUUACCAGGAAAUUCUGGACGCAUUCGUUGAUUAUUGGUACUGAAGUGCUGGCCUACUUGAUGAUUUUGAUUGCUCUCGAACGGUUUUUCGCAGUGCUCAAACCUAUGGCCUACAAAUCUAUUUUCCAAGAAAGGAACAAAGUUAUCUUCCUAUUUUUCAUACCUACUGCAUGUCUGGUGAGUUUUUUAUGUUAG